UUUCUCCAAAGAGUUGUCUCCUCACUUCCUGUGAGCGGAGCGCUGAGUCAAAGUGCUGUGUGUGUGUGACUGGGAGAAGGAGGCGGCAGGCGGUGCCGGGACAGUGCGGCCACACUGAGCGCUUUGUCCUCUCUCCACACUCCGCUAUGGUCUCAUUAUCUGCUUGUUACUCAAGUGUCUGGAGCCUUCGUGUGCUGGGAGCAGCCAGGAGAUUCAGCCCUCCUCCUCCAUCAUCUCCUCAUACAAGAAGGAAGAUCUAAAGAUUGACUCUGGACUUUCAUCAUUCGGAAGUGAGGAAAUCUGAAGUAUAUUGACAGUUUGGAGUGUGACCUUUGUUUUACAGACAUGCAUUACUACUGAAAUAUGCAAUCUUCUCUUUUUUUUUUUUUUCCGACAAAAUGAUAGUUAGAUAAAGCUUGUUUUGUUCCUCUUUGGGAUUUUUGAUUCCUUCUGCUUGCCUUUAUGCAUUUUCGCACCAAGUUUUAUACACUUGUGCCAUUGUAUGGUGAGAUCACAGCUAGUGACCUCCAUACCACCAACGUAAAAUGUCCACAAAAUAUCGUCAGGCAUCAGACACCUUGCUUCAUGGAGAAUUUGGUGUCUUCCCAUCCAAAGGCAUUCGUUAUGCACUCAGUCUGACCCAAACAGGGCUUCAUAUUCAGAGACUGGUGCCCAAACCUGAAGAUGACUAUCGAACAGUGCUUCCCAUUAUGGACAUGGUGGGAUGCCACACACUACGGAGUCGUGGCACAAAUGACGUUUUUGCCUAUUUUUCUAUUUAUUCCUAUCCAAUGAAGAAGAAAAAGGUUGCGAUGGGCUCUACACGCGCCCGCCAAAGGUUGGUUCACACUUUUAGAGUGGAUGAAGCCUCCAAGUAUGAACAAAAUCAGUCUAUUGCAGAGAAGUGGGCAACUGCAAUCAAGUGCCUGAUUCAAGAUGUCCCCAUCUCCAGUGACAUCGAGAUUACUCGAGAUCUCCAGCCCAGAGCCCGGCGAUUAUUGCUAAUACUGAAUCCUUAUGGUGGACGCGGUAAUUCCCUGCAGCAGUGUCACACACACAUUCUGCCCAUAAUUACUGAAGCGGAUAUCAGCUACAACCUCGUACAAACAGAGAGACAAAAUCAUGCCCGAGAGCUGGUACAGACUAUUAACUUGAAAGAAUGGGAUGGUAUUGUUGUAAUUUCUGGAGAUGGAGUUCUCUUUGAGGUUAUUAAUGGUUUGAUGGAACGCCCUGAUUGGGAAGAUGCAAUAAAGAUGCCUGUUGGGAUUCUGCCUUGUGGCUCAGGAAAUGCCUUGGCUGGAGCUAUUAACUACAAUGCAGGGUUUGAGCAGGCAAUGGGGUCAGAGCUGCUACUUAACUGUAUCUUGCUGCUGUGCCAUGGUACUGUUAUGCCUAUGGACCUUGUGUCUGUCACAACCUGCUCCGGUACUCGCUGUUUUUCUUUUCUGAGUGUGGCUUGGGGCUUCAUCUCCGAUGUGGACAUAGAAAGUGAAAAGUACAGACACAUGGGCUCUGCUCGUUUCACUUUUGACAUGGUAAGAGUUGCUUCCUUGCGUACUUACAGAGGCCGCCUUUCUUAUCUGCCUGUAUUGGAUGCUCACCGUCCCAUUUGCAGGAGUAUCACCCUAUCGCCCAAUGGAAGCCUUGCUCCAAUACAGCGUUCCCAGCUGCACCGUACUAUUUCGGAUAUGGGUCUCUGUGAGGAGCGUAAUAUUAUGUAUGAGAGAAGCUCUGCUGCACUCGACACCAAUGAGCUACCAAGCUUUGAGACUUCACCUUCUCCUGGUUCUCCAACAGCAUUGCACACCUCCCAGUUCACAUUUGACUCGGUGCCUAAUGAUCUGUCUGAGCAUGACCAUGUGCUGCCAAAUGAUGUGGAGCUUCCUACGCAUCACCAGGUAAACGGACCCAAGGAUGAUCUUUUGCCUCCUUUGGGGCAACCUUUACCCAAAUCCUGGGUUACUGUGGAAGGAGACUUUGUUCUUGUGCUGGGUAUAUAUCAGACUCACCUUGGGGCUGACUUAUUCACAGCACCAUUUUCCUACUUUGAUGAUGGACUGGUUCACCUAUUAUUUGUAAAGGCUGGAAUCUCUCGGACAGCCCUUGUUCGACUCUUUUUGGCAAUGGAAAAAGGGACACAUGUUGGGAUGGAAUGUCCAUACGUUGUGCAUGUUCCUGUUCGAGCGUUCCGCUUGGAGCCUCUGACGACAAAGGGAAUCCUUACUGUGGAUGGAGAGCGGGUAGAAUAUGGCCCAGUUCAGGUUCAAGUACACAAAGGACUUGGAAACCUUAUCGCUGGCUCUGGUAGAGCCCGUAUGACCUCUUUCUAGGCCUUGCUUUUACCCUAAUGGUCUUGUGCAAUGCAACAGUCCCUCCUGUUCAGCUACCUUUUUUAGUAGAUAUAUAAUACAAAUGAUUGCUCAGAAUUAGAAAUUCUGAAAUUAAUUUAAUUUUUGGCACGUGCCUCCAGUAUUUUUAUGGUGCUAGUCACCAAUGGGAGCAUGGUCUGGAUGUGUGAGUUGGUGUAAUUGAUAAUGUAAAUAUGCAAAGAAAACAUUAGGCAAGUUUUACUGAUAAUGCACUUAAAGUAGAAAUGCUUGAUAAAAAUGGUAUUCUAGUUUUCUUACUGUUUACUCUUUAUAUGUGCUUCCUGAAUACUAAUUAUUUAUAAGGCAGAAA